AUGGCUUCAGGUACCUCUGUUCCGCAGACUGGACGCUCAGUCAACCAGGACGUGCCGUCGACGACCUUGACGCUACAGACGCGUCCUACGCCCAUCCCCAACUUCGAAGUGGGCGAGCACCUCAUCCGCGUCCACGCGACUGCCCUUUGUGCUGGCGAGCUUUACUGGCACACUUACGUCACUUUCACCAAAGACGAGACAGUCCCAGGACCUGACGUGGCAGGCACGGUCGUGUUGGCGCCUCCUUCCUCGCCAUUCCAACCAGGCGACCAUGUUUACUGUCGCAUUCCAUAUUCACGUCCGGGAGGCGCGAGGGACCACACUAUCGCACUUACCAGCGAAUUGGCACGCAAGCCGAAGAACUUGAGCUGGGAGGAAGCUGCAACAGUGCCUUUGUCUGCUCUUACCGCCUGGCAGGCACUGUUUGAUCAGUCCGGCAUGUGGGACGGACCGGAGGACGAGAGAGUGAAAGGGAAGAGAGUUGCUGUCACCGCAGCGUCGGGGGCAGUCGGGAUGUGGAUUCUGCAGUUUGCAAGGAUUGCUGGGUUCGAGGCUGUGAUUGGAACGUGUGGAGAUGGAAACGAGGAGUUUGUGAAGUCAAUGGGAGCCACGGAUGCUGUCAACUACAAGAAAACCUCAUUGAUGGAGUGGGCGGCAGAGAAGGAAGGGCGAAAGGCUGAUAUGGUCAUUGACUGCUUUGGAGGGAAGAGCCUGGUGGACGCCUGGGGUUGCGUCAAGGACGGUGGUGUGUUGGUCAGCAUGGUUGGAUACCCGGAGCAGGAGAAGCCAGCAGGGCUUGAGGUGAAGGACGUGAAGAGCCACUUUUUCAUCAUGGAGCCCCGGGGUGAUCAGCUACAAAAAGUCUCGGAGUUGGUGGAGCAAGGGAAAUGUUCUUUCUUGAUGGACAGCGUCUACCCAUUGGAACAAUUUCAGGAGGCAACAGACAAGGUGGAAAGCCGACGUGUCAGGGGCAAAGUGGUGUUGAAGGUGGUUUAG